AGGUAAGGGGUAAAAUUGUUCCUCACACAAAAAAUAUAAAAAACAUAAAAAAGAGGGUUAAUGCGGUUUGGUUGGCUUAUCUUUAAUUUCAACGCGUCCGGGCAUCACCACCGUAGCUAUCAUAUUCCAAGUGGGCAACACAUUUUUUUCUUCUUUCUCUUCAUGAUGGCCACGACAUGCAUUAUAUAUUGUUCAUGUAUCUAUAUUUCGUACCACACUAAAAGGCAAUAAUAGGCACAGCAUAUAUACCACAUACAUACAUACAUACAUACAUACACAUAAUAUAGACAUAUGUUUUAGUAUAUAUAUUCACAUUUUCAGCGAGGGUUUUAGCAGCUUAAACCUUGUAAAGAGAGAAAGAAAAGAAUUAAUAAAAAUGAAGGUUGAAGUAACCUCUAAAGAUAUUAUCAAACCUUCUUCUCCAACUCCUGACAACCUGCGCCACUAUCAACUCUCUUUCCUCGACCAAAUAUCACCUAGAGCCUAUAAUCCUUUCAUCUACUACUACUCACUAAACGACACCAAUAAUGAAUCCAACGACAACAAUAAUAUUAUUAUCUCUGAAAUAUUCGACAAGCUCAAAAUAUCUUUGUCCAAAACUCUAACCCUUUACUACCCACUUGCAGGAAGAUUCACCAAAGAUUUUUCUGUUGAAUGCAACGAUGAAGGAGCACCGUUCUUCGAAGCUCGGGUACUGAAGACGAAACUCUCCGACGUUCUAAACAACCCUAUCCUUGUUGAACUCAAUGAUCUUCUUCCAUUUCCACUAGACGAAUAUGCCGAGUUACCUUUCGGUGUGCAGCUCAACAUUUUUCCUUGUGGUGGAAUUGCCAUUGGCGUCUGCAUUUCGCAUAGAAUUGCUGACGCUUUAUCUUGCUUAGAGUUUACAAAAAGCUGGAUGGCGAUUACACGGGGCGAAGAGAAUAAGGUAGUGAAACCUACAUUCAUCUCUUCAACGCUUUUUCCUCCAAAGAAUAUUGGUGGUUAUGAUCCAUGCAUGCCUCUCCCCAAAAAGAACACAAACGUAGCAAAGUUGUUUGUGUUCGAUGCAAAAAAGGUUGAAGCAGUCAGAGCCAAAUACGAGGAAAAAACAAGAAGAGAAAACCAUGCAAACCCCAAGUGGUCGCGACGGCUUUCUCGUGUUGAGGCCUUAUCUGCUUUCUUAUAUAGCCGUUUUGCUGUGGCAAGUGGCUUAGACGUUAAGACAAAAUUAGUUAUAAUCUUUCACCCAGUGAAUAUUCGUUCCAAGUUUUUAGAACCAUUGCCGGAGAACUCUUUCGGGAACUACUAUCACAGUAGCUUGACAUUUCCUUUGUCCAUAAUUAACACUACUACUACUAUUACUACUGAGGAAGAUCAUGAUGACAAGUGUUGCGAGCUGGCUAGGGUGAUAGGAGAUGAGAUAAGAAAUAUCGAUAAAAAGUUUGUGGAAGAUCUUCAAGGAGUUGAGAAAUCUGAUGAGUACUUAGAAUCACUGAAGAAAGGAAGUGAGAGUUUGGAGAAAGGUGAAGUGAGUGCGCUUGUGUUCAGUAGUUUGUGUAGGUUUCCUAUUUAUGAUGCUGACUUUGGAUAUGGAAAGCCCAUUUGGGUGAGUUCUGCUCAUAGGUGCUUUGGUAACAUAUUUGGGUUUUUAGACAACAAGAAUGGUGAUCAAAUAGAGGCUUAUGCAUGUUUCAGUCCAGAAACAAUGGCUAAACUUGAAGUUGAUAAAGAGUUUCUCUCACUCUUGUCUCCUAAGAAUAUUGAGUGAGAAGCGCAUCGUAUCAUCAUGGCAUGAUUCAAAUAAAAUUAAUUAGUAUGUACUAUGACAUCUAUUAGUUUUUAUGUCUUUUGUGGUUUGCAUUAAUUUCAAAUACAUGGAAUGAGUUGUACGAUUUUCAUUAUGCAAAAAGUAACAAUAUUAUUAAUAUAUAAAAUAAUAGGUGAGAAUUUUAUAUUAAAUUAAUUAUACCAAUUUGAAUUAUCCAAUGUAGAAAUACUUUAUUAUUGAGUGGAAGGGUCUGUUUUUAAGAAAUAAUAAUGACUAUUAUAUAAAA